UACUGCUCACAGGAGCGUGGUGGACACCUGUGCGUCGUCCAUGGCGCGGCUACCGCACGCGUCGCCUAUCCCGCAUGCCGCCAAGCUGUAUAAGACCCUCCCCACCCCGUACUCGAACCCUAGCUCCAUUCCCCUCGCUCUCUCGCUCACCAUCUUCGAUUUGGACGCGCCCGAUUACCCAACCGCCAUGGUCGUCGUCUUAGCCAUGGCCACCGUGGUCCCCGCCGGCUUGGAGCUUGUGCGGCAGCUCCAUCGUGGUCGUCUGCAUAUUCUACUCUACCGGAUCAAGGCCGGGGAGCAUCAUCCGCGACGCUCGCGCCUUCUUCCUCCGCCAUGGCCGUCCGACGCCGUCGUUCGAUCCGCAUCAUCCCGGCAACCUCCGGUCUCCCCGAGCUCUCCAUCGGUCUCACAACCCUGAGACCGGCGCUGAUGCCAUCGAGUUCGACUACGUUGUUGACGACCCCUCCUUGCCAGAGCAACCAGGCAAGCCCCCCCCCUUUGAUCAAUCAGAUAUCUCCCACUCUCUUCUCUCUUAUUCUUGCAUUAGGUUUGCUACUGUUGUUGAUUCGGUAGCUCCUAUUAAGUUGCAUAGCCUGUCAUUGUUGCUAGAAUUGUUGAUACCUUUACCUGCUAUCCUAAUGCUUAGUAUAGGAUGCUAGUAUUCCAUCAGUGGCCCUUCAUUCUUGUCCGUCUGCUAUGCUAUAUUAUCGGGUCAUGGUCACUUCGGGAGGUGAUCAUGAGUAUAUACAUACUACACUAUUAUACAUGAUACAUGGUGGUGACUAAAGUCGGUUCGGCUCGUAGAGUGCCCACAAGUGAUUCCGAUGUGGGGGCUGAAAAGACAGGUGGCUUGUAACGCCCUCGAUGCAGCUAUAUAUCCCACAUGUCGAAGCACGACUUAGAGGCAUAACCGCAUUGAAAGCAAUGUGACAAAUGAGGUAAUCUUCAGAACAACCCAUAUAA